CCGAAGCCACCACCGUAGCUGCAAUGCGAACAAAAACACCGAAAGCAAUAUUAAUAAGCAACAGCCCAAUGGAACAUGGAACCGCUGAGGGGUGACUGCCCGGUUUGAAACCAUGGAGGAGCGGAUUCUGUCGUUGGAGCGGGAGGUUAAACUAAGAAACCUUAAGCUAUCCCGAAUAGAAGAAAAAUUGGACGAGCUAUUGUCGAUGUUGAUCGAGCAAAAAGUAGCUGCUCGACAACCCGAUGCGGAACGGCAUUCGGCAAAUGAAGAUACACAGGUACAGGAGCAGGUGCCGCAGCCGAGCAGCAAAGAGACCAAUGCGAUAGAGGAAACGGAAAAGGAUAAGGAUGACGAGCAGGAACGUCAUGAGGAGGAUGAGGCAGUGCCAGAAAUCCCGGUUCUGCCAGUAAGAACCGUGAAUGCAUUUUUAACAUUGGACCAUAACUGUGCCAGAAAUGAAGCGUUUUUACAGCAAAUGGCGGAAAAAUUACAACAGAAUGUGGUCGCAUCGCAAAAGAGAGACCGGAACGCCAGACGAGUGAUGGAGACGCUCGUCACGAACGACGUUCUAUGCCAAUUUAGUUGGUCUGGAAGAGAUGCCAUCACUGACUCCUCUUCACCUAGCCUCUUCCCCAAGUACAGGUUUGCAGACCUGUCUGGCAUUAUCGCUCUGCUAGUCAAAGCCCUCAGUUUUGGGCUUAAUGCAGAGCAGACGGAGCAGGAGCGAUUCUCCAUUCUCAAAAAUAUUCGCAGUGUCGUGAAACAUUCAUCGCAAAACAAGAAGCGAUUCUGCCAGACACGAAAUGAAUGAAAGCUCCUGUAGGGGGGUGGACGUCGUACGUGACGAGCGUCUCCAUCACUCGGCUCACGUUCCGGGCUCUCGUUUGCGAUGCGACCACCUCCUGUUGUAAUUCUUGACGCUGCCUCAUGCUCAUGAUGUUCCUGCUCGUCAUCCUGAUCCUCAUCUGUUUCCUCUAUCGCGUUGUGCUCUUCGCUGCUCAGCUGCGGCACAUGCUCCUGAACCUCAUCUUCAUUCGCCGAAUGCCGUUCCGCAUCGGGUUGUCGAGCAGCUACUGUUUGUUCGAUUAACAUCGACAAUAGCCGUGUCUGCUCGUCCUAUGUUUGCUCCAUUCUGGAUAGCCGCGGGUGAGACAAUCUGCUCGCCCGAUAGCCCUAUUGCAACAUUGCACCUCGGUACACACUUAGCACCGUAUACCAGCAUACGCGCACCGUAAUAAACAAAUCCAGAAUCCUCUUUUGUAUGCAUUCAAUUCAA